UCCCCGAGGCCACGCCCACUUCCGGCUCCUGGGUCUCAGAAUGGCUGCUCUGGGAACCGUGCUCUCGAGUGUCCGGAGGCUGCACUGCGGCGUGUCGGCUCAGGCAGGCAGCCAUUGGCGACUCCGGCAGGGCAUGGCUGCCAGCCCGUCAGGCUACGGGCCGCUGACGGAGCUCCCAGACUGGUCUUUCGCCGAUGGCCGCCCUGCUCCCCCAAUGAAAGGCCAGCUUCGAAGAAAAGCCCAAAGGGAGAAGUUUGCAAGACGAGUUGUACUGCUGUCACAGGAAAUAGACGCUGGAUUACAGACAUGGGAGCUCAGGCAGAAAGAGAAGUUGCAGGAAGAAGAAAGGAAGCAGAAAAAUGCUCUUAUACCCAAAGGGGCUUCAAUACAGAGCCCACUUCCAAGUCAAUAAAAAGCAACUCCUGACCUCUUCCCCAGCCUCUCUCUGACUUUUUUCUAUCACCUGGAUGCCUCAUCCCAGGCAGAAGAGAGCCUAUAUGUUCUGUCUUCUUUUAAAAGGACUCUGAUACCAGGCAAGACAGGCUGUAAGAUCACUGUUUGGAAGGCUUGGCUCAAUGGCCUUCCUCAUCCUGUACUCCAUUCCAGUUCAGCUAAAUCUUGUUCUGCAUUUUUGGGAGGUUUUGCUUUGUUAUGGUUUGUAUUUUUUCUUGUGCUGGAGAUUGAACCCAGGGCCUUGUGCAAGCUAGCCAAGCACUCUUAACACUCCGAAUUUGCUCUGGGAUUCUUAUGCCCUCCUUUGCAGCCCAUAUGACUGGCACAAGCUAUGUGCAGUAUCU